GCGCGGGCGCAGGGGGCAGCGGGGCGGGUGUCUUGCCGAGGGCGCCUCGGUGUUGGUGGCUUCAGCCUCUUGCCCUGAGGGGUGAUGGGGUUCGGCGGGGUGAUGGUGGGCCGGGCGUAGCUGAGGGAUCCUGGAGCCACGGGCGCCCUUAAGCCUCCCGCCCCUCAGGCCUGACGCGCUGCGCCACAAGCGUGGUGCCUAAGUGCCACCCCCGGGGAAGGGGCUAGGGCAGAACCUGCGGUGGGAGUCCAGGGUCACGAGUAAGGUUUCUCCAGCUGAAGCAAAAGACUUGAUGGGGAAGGUGAGCUGCUAACACCUGGUGUCCCUUAGUGCCAGGACUCGCAGUCCCAGGUGCUGUAAGCAAAGCUGACUGCAGAAAAAUGUGAGAUGAGACUUUGGGAAAAGUCUCUUUCUGUGUCCUGCGAGACCUGUGUUGGCGGGCUGCGGAAGCGUCUUAGUGCGCGUGCUUCAGGAUAUGGGCCAGAUCUGUCUAUGGAGAAUCCCACCCUGGGUUACAGUGCAGGGGCCAACAAGUUAUUUAAUAGCUUUCUGAAGUUUCUAACCUGAUUUAUUAAUUUAAAAAUACUUUAACCCAAACAAUAUCUUAGUUGGCUUAGGCUAAUGCAAAGUUUCUUUUGCUGACAGCAUUUGCCUAAAGAUGAAAGUGCAUAAAGAGCACAGAUUCCUGUCUUUAUAAAAGCAGAUCUGGAAUCUUACUUUGUGGUUUUGGUAAUUGCAGAUUAUAACCACCUAGCUUUAAUUUUGCUUAAUUUUCUAGUAUUGCCUUUAAGGCAUAUUCAUUUAGACAGACUGCCAAGAUUUCAGGCAUAAGAGUACCUAAUUCUAAUUAAAUUAAUAAAAUACAAAUUCUUUCUUCCUAACGUGGUUGAUAUAUGUAUGUAUGUAUGUGUACAUAUACAUAUACGUAUAAACCGGUGAAUUGCUGUAGCGAAGAAAGAAAUCUUAGCUAUGAUUUCUCUUAGAUACUUAUAAUAGCUGACUGCUGCAAAUGUUCUUACUAGUUCUGCCUCUUAAAAUAAUAUUUAGAUACCGUGCAGAAAAUCUGAAACAUCUCAGGUUGCAGAUGAGAAUCUCAGACUUGGUGUAAAGUUAAGAAAUAAAUACCUUAAAGGAAAAAAUAAUUAGAUAAUGUUAAUUCACCUUUGUUGUGAUGAGGUAUUAAAAAACAUGAAUAAGAGAAGAUGCAUAAGCAAUUGUUUGCUGGUAUUAGCCUGGAAUUGCCAUCAGAGUAGGAUCUAAUUCCGAAUAGCAGCAAUAUAGGUAAUAUCUACAAAAUCUUGUAAAAGGGCGCGGUUGUCCAUCUCAUAAAAAUGAAGGUAACCAAAUACUACAUUGAACUUAAACUGCUUUUAAUUUUAGGAUGUCUGGAAGUAGUUAUUGGAAAGGAAAAUGUAAGAGGUUGCUUUGAUUUCACAAGUUUCAGAAAAUGUUUGAAGACUACAGAUAUCUACUUUGGAGGUCUUUAGCAGGACUUUCUCAAGAACCAUGAAGAAAUUGCUGACUGUAAUAUUUAACAUCAAGGAACUCAGACUGGAAAGAACUUAUUUCUAGUCAAAUCUCUGAAAAUGGGUAGCACUGCUGUUGUCAUUUAUCUUGCUUUGCAAUUAAUGCAAGAGACAGAAGCAUCUGUUAUGAACUGCAUUCCCAGAAAAACAGUAAAAUACCAAACUGGAAAUAUAAAAACUUUUAUGAAACAAGGAUUAUCCAAUGUUUCCACUCUCACUGUGAAUGAAGAAACUGAUAUGUUAUUUGUUGGAGGCAGAGAUGCUGUAUUUGCUCUUGACUUGAAUAAUAUUUCUAGAGAAAUAGCCAGGGAAUACUGGUUUGCUACACAGGAAAGACAGCUGGAAUGUAUUCGUAGAGGAAAGGACAAGAUAAGAUGCCAGAACUACAUCCUGUUCCUUCAUAAGAUAAAUGACUCUAGCUUAUAUGUUUGUGGAACCAACGCUUAUCACCCAGCUUGUGAUCAUAUGGUUAUCCAUAGGACAAACAUAAGUUUGCAAGGAAAAGCUGAAGACAGCAGAGGAAAAUGUCCAUUUGAACCGACUCUGAAGUAUGCUUCUGUUUUUGUAGAUGGUGCAUUUUAUUCGGCAACUUCAAAUAAUUUUUUGGGAACAGAACCUAUAAUACUUCGCAGUAUGAGGAACCCUGUAAGAACAGAAUUUAAAACAUCUUGGCUAAAUGAACCAAGCUUUGUCAAUAUGGAGAUAGUACAGGAAAGUGAAUCUAAUCCAAAUGGAGAUGAUGAUAAAAUUUAUGUGUUCUUCACUGAAACAGCUGUUGAAUUUGAAUUCUAUGACAAGCUUCUGGUGUCCAGAAUUGCCCGUAUCUGCAAGGGUGAUCUUGGUGGAAAACGCAUAUUGCAAAGAAGAUGGACAUCAUUUUUAAAAUCCCGACUUUCCUGUUCCAUUCCAGAAUUACAUUUCCAUUUCAAUAUUAUCCAGGACAUCUUUUUGCUUAGGAGGACAGACUGGCAAGACAGCAUUUUUUAUGGAAUUUUUUCCCAACAAUGGGGAAGAUUGGACAUAUCAGCUGUUUGUGCAUACAGUAUGAAAAAUAUUCAAGAAGUCUUCUCCAAAGGAAACUACAAAGGACCAGUAACUGUGGAACAUUCCCAUGUUAAAUGGGUGGUAUACAGGGGAGAAGUGCCAGUCCCACGUCCUGGUGCUUGCAUUGAUAAUUUUGCCCGGAGUAUGGGAUAUAACACUUCUUCCGACUUGCCUGACAAAGUUUUGCAGUUUGUUAGAGAUCACCCUCUAAUGGAUAAUUCUGUAAAUCCAAUUGGUAAUAGGCCAGUGCUACUGAAAAGAGGCUCAAACUAUACCAAGAUUGUAGUAGACAGAGUCACUGGCCUUGAUAAACAAACAUAUGAUGUUAUGUUUCUAGGAACAGCUGAUGGAUAUUUGCAUAAAGCUUUCAAUUGGAAUGGGGAAAUGUUCAUUGUGGAAGAGCUACAGCUGUUUCUGUCUCCUGAGCCUGUACAAUCGCUCCAGCUGUCUUCUAAAAAGGGAAUGCUCUAUGUAGGCUCUCAGUCCCGAGUGGUACAGCUUCCAGUUUCUGAAUGCCACCAGUAUAAAUACUGCUUGGAUUGCGUCUUGGCACGGGAUCCUUACUGCGCAUGGUCUCAGUCUUCUAAUGAAUGUGUUCUACUGGCAAAUCAAACUGGUGAUAUGAAGAAUUUAAUUCAGAGUGUUAAAUAUGGAGAUGCUUCCAGCUGUCUUAGUGUAGAAAAUAGUGUGAGAAAAUGUCUCUUUACCCUUGGAAAUAAUGUUCAUCUCAGAUGUGUUCCUCUGUCAAAUCUGGCAAGCGUAGUGUGGAAGUUUAAUGGGAGCAGACUUCAGGCUGAGGACACUAAAUACCUCCUCUAUGAUGGAGGAAUAGUAAUAUUUAAUGUGACGAUGGAUGAGGCUGGAUUCUAUGAUUGUCUCUCAAUAGAGAAAACCAAAGGGAAAGAAUUCCUUAUCACUGUGGCCAGUUAUGCCCUUUAUGCCCAACAAAAGACAGACAAUGCAAAUGUUAAUGCCACAACAAAUGCACUUAAUGAAACAGCAGCUGUGAGUUUUAAGUCUUCAGUACCAACUUCUUUACUGAAGGAGGCAGCCAAACAGAAAUCCAUGGACAGCCAGAAAGAGAAGCUUGUUUUAAAACUUUUGGGAGCUGGUUUUGCUCUUCUUUUUUCUCUCUUGUUGGUUUGGAACUUCUACAAGGGCCAUUUAUCUCUACCUUGGAAGAGUAGAGAAACCAGCUCGAGAACAGCCAAUGCAGAUUGCUUGGGAAAUCCAGGAUUGGCCACAGAGGGAUCAGGCUGCGUAAGGAAAAGUUCGGCCACACGAGCAAACGUGUCUUCUGUUAAUGAAUCAAUACCACUUGUGAGCUUUUCCUCAGAAAGGAAGUGCAGCCCCAAUGCACAGCACAGUGCAAGUUUUACAGGGAGCUCCGGGAGCUUGCAGCUCGCAGAGUUGUUUGGUUGAGGAUAGCAUGUUUCCUAUUAAGGAAUGUGGAAUGUAAAUUUGGGUAGGAGUCAGAAGCUCAGAAUUCAAGAUGACAAGCUGCAUUGUACAUUAUAUAAAUGUGUUUCCAGUUACUACUUUUAAAAACAAAAUUCCUUGUUUGGGUACCUUUUUUGACAUGAUAGAACUAUAAAAAUAAAUUUAUUUCUAAAAUUGA